UUUCAGAAGUGAAUAUUUUGUUUUGUAUUAUUCCAUUUGUGAAAUAUGUCGGUUCAUUCGGCUGUGAAAGGGAAAUUAAUAGCAGUUAUUGGUGAUGAAGAUACUUGUGUGGGAUUUCUCUUAGGUGGCAUUGGAGAACUGAACAAAUCUCGACAGACAAACUUCAUGGUUGUUGAAAAAAAUACUCCAGCUAGUGAAAUUGAAGAUACAUUCAAAAAUUUUUUGAAGAGAGAUGACAUAGAUAUUAUUUUGAUUAACCAAAAUAUUGCAGAAAUGAUUCGUUAUGUGAUAGAUGGACAUACAAAGCCUGUACCUGCAGUUUUGGAGAUUCCCUCAAAAGACCAUCCUUAUGACCCUAACAAGGAUUCAAUUCUGAGAAGAGCAAAGGGUAUUUUCCAAGCUGAAGAAUAUAGAUAAGCAAUUCUUUUGAAGGUAUAUACUGUAGAAAAUCAAUUACUCAAGAUAUUAAUGUGUUUUUAUUUUUAAAAUGUAAACCUAUAAUCCUGAUAGGAUGAAUACCUAAAUGUUUUUAUGGACUAAAACACAUUCCUGAAACACCAAAUUUCUUGAAAGUAUGAGAAUUUUUAUUAUAUUAAAUGUAAAACUUAGAUGAUGUUUAUAUUAAGGGAGUUUAUACCUUUUUUUCCCUCUCUUUGUUAGAUGAAAUGUAUUCAAUUUCAUUUUUGAUUUUCUUGUUUUUAGAGCAAUUAUAAUUAUUCAAGAAUAUUUACUAGUCAUAAUUCUAAUUCAUUUAUUUUUUGCACAAAUAAUUUGUAGUUCAUAUUUAAGCUUUUAUGAAUUGUCACAGUAUAAAGAAAUGUAACCUGUAGUUGCUUCAUAAAGACAUACUCUGGAAUAAUUUUUUUUUUUUUUAAUGUACUUAAAAGAAAAAUCUCUGUUAAACAGAAUUUACUUACAAGUUUUAUACUGUGCACAAAGUAUUGUUUAAAAAUUUUGCAACCUGAUUUUACUGAAACUAUAUGAUUUAGAUAUUUAUAAUUUAAAUAACAUCUGCAAUUCUUAUGAACUUUAUAUACAGAGUAUGUUACUAAAUAAAUAGAAAGCAACAUUUAAUAAAAUUUUGUUUAAUUAUU